AUGUCGAAAGAAGUGUUCAACGAAGGACCAACGACUUCUCAGCAUGUGGAGGCAGACGAUGAGGACUUCUUCAAAAAAACAACCUUCAAACUCAAGCGGACUCGGUCAAUGGGGCUCUUGGAUGACUUCAUAAGCCAAGCCCACGGUCUGGACGAUGGCGGCGAGGAGGCUGUGGCGACUCCGAGUGCCGCAAAUGCGAAAAAAAUCACGUCACGAGACUUUGUGUCGAGUGCAACGCUCCAAAGGCUCAAUCUCGGGGCAUCUGGCGGUGCAACCGAGGCAAAUUCACCAUACACGGCAGACGAGUUGGACCACGUGCCCAGUUUCUACCGGGAGGUGAUCCCAUCACACAAAAAGAGCCUUCAUGGAGCGGCUGAAACCGCAAAUGGGUCUGCACUCGUACCGAAACACGAGCAAAAGAGGCAGGAGCUUCGCAGCAAGCAGGAGGAGCGAAUACGGCAGCAUCACCUGGACCAGAUCACCAGUCACGUGCUCCACGACGACACCGACGUCGAGGACCGCCCAAAACAGCAUGUGGACUACUUGUCUCACAAAUGGCGGGCGGCAGACGAAGUUUUGAAGUGCUGGCGGUACGUCGUGAUGAAAAAGCACGAUUUUGCCGAUGCUGCACGUCUUGAAAAUGCCUCCUGGAGGACUUGGGCACAAACACGAAAUCACCUCAAGACCAUUUCACCCGAGGAGCUCAACUGGAGCAAAGAUGCAGACGUGACGUGGCUUUAUGGGCCUGCAUUUUGGGACGAGACGUCACGCAGCCGGCUGCAUUCUGCGUCUGGGUCGCGGGUCGACGUGCAUGCUGCUGCAGGUGGUGAUGACAUGCAUGUGAGUGGAGUUGUGGUAGGUGCGUCAUCUGCGGGGGCCGGGCGCGCACAGCACGGGGGCGCCGGCAAUUUCAGUGCAGCGGUCGCAAACAACAAUGGCACACCUCGUGCGCAAGGGGAAUCCGCAUCCGCAGCCGCCCGCGCACCCACGCCCGCAUCUCCGCAUCCCGCCGACCAGCAUCCAGAGCACCUCAAGUCCAUCUUGAAAAGACGUUCAAACGUCGAAAAUCUUAUCGGUGAUGGUUCCUACAGCCGGCUUCAGUCUCUUUUAGAGGAGCGCGAGCACAAGUUCAAGGGCAGUCCGGUUCUCGAGCCUGGGUCGGCGCAGCUGGCGGCAAAUCUGCCGAGUACGCCGUCACCGCUGGCGUUAGACGGUGCGCCGAGCGCCGGUGGGUCGGGUGCGCGUUUGCGCAGGUCGGCGGGCGCAAGGCUCCUCGCGGGCCCCCAGAAGUCGUCGCUCAAGAAGCACAAGCCAAACAAAAACCUGCUGGCAUCCCUGGCUAAAAAGCAGCAGAGGCACAUCCGCUUCAACUCGAAAGUGGAGCAAUGCAUUGCCGUCGACAGGCCUGCGGUUAGCGCAGAGUUCCAGAAUGAGGACCCAGACGUGUCUCUGGUGCCUGCAGACAGUCCCACCGACUUUCCUUAUACGGACGAAACAGAGCAGUCCUUCAAUGAGUAUUACGAUGGCGACGAUUCGUCGUCCUCCAGCAGCAGCGGGUACUCGUCGUCGUCGUCGGCGAUGGAGGACGAUCGACCCGUCGGCACGUCGGCAAACUACGAUGAUGAGAGUGACGGGUUUGUGUUCAAAGCUGCAUCUUCUAACUUGGAGCCAGACAAGGCCGGACAGAAGUUUGUGUCGAUUGCACCGCUUCCGGCCACCACAUUGAAGACAGACUCGGAUGACGAGAAUCUGGAGAAAAGAUCACUGUACACAGUUUCGCACAACACGCGGACAAACCGUGGAUACGAGUACUACUACGAUUACAACACGGUGUACAGCAACAGCUCGAACCCGAUAUAUCCGGUGGUUUCGGGCAGCAACGAUGACGUGCAGAUGGUGGACGUGCCGCCGGAAGUGCUUGGUCUUGGCGAAGAUGACGCACAGGUGCCUGCGCCGGUGGUACCUCAGGUGCAGCCGCAGCAGGCGCAACAAGCACAAUUAGCGCAAUUUGUACAUCCAGCGCAACCUUCCGGCGCAACGGUGCCAGCGCACAGGCGCGACAGCGCCUCCUCGCAGUCCUCGCGCGGCACCUUCGUCUUCGGCUCCGACUCUGACUACAACUCGGACUCUGACUCCGAAUCUGACUCCGACGCAAGCUACAGCUCCAGAUCCAGCUCCGCCAGCCUUUCGGGUUCCGCCUCCGGUUCCAGUCUCAACUUAAACACAAAUCUAGCCUCCCAGUCGCACAAUCAGUUGCAGUCACAUUUCCAGGCACAGCCACACUUCCAUUCUCCGAUCGGCCCCAGCCACAUGUCGCGGAAGUCCGCCUCUUCCUCCUCCCAACAUAGUAACGGCAGUUUUGUUUUCAACUCGGACUCAGAGGACGACUCGGAGGACGCGUCGAUCGACGCGGUCUCGAGUCCCAUGCAGACCGCUCCUUCCUUUGUGCCGAGCCUGCCCUCUUUUAGCGGUACCCGGACUCUGGCCGCCACCUCCAACGCCACCGCGGUUUCGUCCACUGCCCGUUACGGGAAAAAAAAGGACAGUUACGCGUCUCUCGCCUCUUUGGCGGCCAAUAACUCGAUCACCAGGGGCGACAAAUAG